AUGUCUGUCACGUUGCAUACGACUCAAGGCGACCUCAAGGUCGAGCUUUUCUGCGAAGCAGUGCCUGAGACAGCAGAGAACUUCCUCGCCCUCUGCGCAUGUGGCGCAUACAAUGAUACUCCGUUCCACCGCCUCAUCCCCGGAUUCAUGAUCCAAGGCGGAGACAUCUCUCUCGGUCCCGCCGCGCAACAAACAUCCACGAAACCAAUCCUCGACUUUGAGAUACCGAAAGGCGGCACUUCCAUCUACCACCCCGCAGCAAUGAACCAAGAAAUUCACCUCCCUUCACUGCGCCACAACGCACGUGGCAUUCUGUCCAUGGCCUCACGGCCGGUCAAGGAUCGGACUGCGCCUGGAUCACAAGGUGCAACGGGUACAACGAUCAACGGUAGUCAAUUCUUUAUUACGUUCGUUCCGGCCCCGCAUCUUGAUGGUACCAGUACCGUGUUUGGCAAAGUUUUGAAUUUGACUGCUCAGGACGAGGGUGGUGAUAUCCUGACCAAGCUGGAGAAGGCAAAUGUUAAGGUCGAUAAGAAGGGCAAGGUCUCUCAGCCAAAGGAGGGCGAUGAUUUUGAAGCAUUUAAGAUCAACCAGGUUACGAUCCAUGCGAAUCCAUUUGCGAAGUGA